GAAAGUUGUUUGAAAAUGGCGUCUUCAAUAGAGUGACGGCAACCACUUCAUAUGAUGGAUUAGCUAAUACACAAACCAUGUAGUUGGAUAUCUUAUCAACGUGCAUUUAUCAGCGGUGAAUGGUUGGGACGUACCUCUUAAUCACAAUGGGGAAGAAUUAAUCGAGAAGAAAGACCCAAACCAGCUGUACAGUUUCAACUUCAACCAACAGCAAUCAUGGAUCCGGUGGACAAGGUGUUCAUCCAGCAGAAUAAGAUCAACAAGAUCCAGAGUCAGAUCGAGAAAGUGGAACAGCAGAUGAUGGAGCAGUCGUCGAUCCUGGGUCACAUCGAACACCUACAUGAUGUGGAGGAGGAGAGGACACAGCGUAUCAUGCAUCGUCUGGGCAAGAGGAACUAUAUCCUGAACAAUGAGGUGGAGAGACUGUAUGGGAAACAGAACACCAGGAGAUUCAAUGACACUCCUCUGGGAUCAGGGACGAUGAAUGACAUCAUGUAUCAUCGCACGAAGGAGCACUCCCUCGCACAACAAGAAGCGUCGCUGAAAAUACAAUACCUGAAGAAAGAACGUCAGAGACUCCAGGAUGCCAGAGAGAGGCUGCGAGAACGGCGGAAUAACCUGACGUAUGCCCCGUCUCCUGUUGGUAAGGAAACACUGAAGGCAUGGGGGGAUAAAUACGAUAUAUACACACCCCUGGAGUAUGACAGUAUGUUUGAUAUCUACUCUCCUCGCUACAGCAAACGUUCGCCAUUUCUCUCUAAAACCCACUGGGCUGAUGGCAGGAAAUACACUUUCCAUCCGAAACGAUUCUACAGGCGCCGUGGGCCGGGUUUUGUAGCAGUGCCGCUCAGCUCUAGCCUUCAGCUGUGUGGAGGAAGCGAAGUAUUGGCAGCCAAUCCUAAUGUCAGCCCUAACAUGCUUGGUGUGGGGACACCGAGCGAACACAGUGCUCACUCCGCUGGGUCGCAUGUCCGACGCGCAGUGGACGAUCUCCCCUAUGCCAUGGACCGUAUUUACAGACUUAGGGAGGAGAUACGAGCUGAAUACGAGACAAAGAAGAGGCCAUACAAUGGGGAACUUGGCCUGGAGACGUAUGAUAACUGGCAGCUUGCAGACUACGUCCUCGUACGCAAACUGGUGGAGGACAUCGUUGACGACUUCCUCAUCACCUACAUCAAGCCUGACGUCCACAUGUUUGAGGCUGAGAUGAGACAUGCGAUGGUACGAGCCGAGAAUGAAGAGUGGGAGAAGACAGCAGAGGCGUUGGCGGAGCGACGAGCCGUCACGCUGGUUGCCGAGGAGCUCAUGCUGCUGGCAACGAGAGAACUGGCUCGAGAGGUUGCCCUGGAAACAGUUCACAUUUUCGGCACAUUUCACAAUUCUACAACACGCAUGUUUCUCAAUACAGUGGAGAGUAUCACUACAGGGCAGGAGAAUGGUCGCAACCCAGAGGAUCCAGCCUUCAACGUGGUGACCCGUGGCUAUUUCUCCAUGCAGACCAACAGGAACCAGCACAGGAAGGAUAUAUGGGCACACACACAGCACCUCCAUCACAGCAAACCUGAGAGGAAGACUCCGCAACCAAGACCACUGCAACCUCAGAAGCAAAAACAACAAAAACCAAAACAACAACCUCAGCCUCAACCAGAAGAACCGGAAGAAGAAGAGGAGGAUGUUGAUAUUGAUGUGGAGGUGAUUACGUACGACCACAUCAAGCCGAUGUCGCUACGGAAGUAUGAGUCGUCACGGUCGGACUCGAAGGAGAAGAAUCGUAGGAAGGAAUUCACCAAGAUCUACCACAAGAAGGAACAACAGUACUGGAAAGGGUUGAAAACUGCCGUGAAGAAGCUGGUUGUUGGUAGGAAGUGCAAGGGCGUGGAGAUGGCAAGAGUGUCACAUGACCAGCGAUUCCUGGCUGUUGGUACAGCACACGGUGAUCUGAUUGUGUACGAUACAUGGAUGGAGCCAUGGCGGCCUGUCAGAGCGAUCCACAACAUCGACCGCGCAGACGACAGCGUUAUAGAUAUAGCAUGGAGCAUGGACAGCUCCAGACUGUCCACCAUCAACACAGGAGGGAUGCUGAUCGUGUGGUCGUUUGAUGGCGGAGGGACCCAGAGGUCAGACAUACGUGGGCUGGAGAUUCAAGCUGACUCAGCUGGUUACGUUCCCCAGCAGCUGGCCCGUAUCGCACUCCUUGAUGUCGACCAGAAGGAUUUCAUCUUCCAACAAGGUCCGUUCUCUGAGCAGGAUGUGUUAUCUAGUCCCCAGAGCCCCAUCAAGGCGGCGUUCUUCCCCAGCUUCACGCUGCUCGGAACGCAGCACUGUGUGUGUGCUUGUCUGGAAAAUGGAGACAUGCUGAAGUGCAAUCUGGAGCCGCUGUCCGUGACGGCCGACGCAGACCAGACAGUGGAGUACUCUGAGGCGCGCCAACAAUCUUCAACUCCAACAUCCAUAGUCGGUCUGUUGUUAUUAUUGCAGUCCUCGUUGGAUACAAAUCAUGGCGUCAAUCUGAUUGGACAGAGCUUGGAGGCAGAACUGUUCCGUCAACACAAACAUCCCAUAAUAUACAUUGGCUUCGUCGACAAGCUGGGAAACAUUGUCACCGUAGAUAUAAAGGGCUUCAUCAAUUUGUGGAAAUAUGAUAAGCAGCUUAUGUCUGGGUUCGGCUGGUUUCUGCCACGGAAGAAGUACCGAAUCCAGAUGUCCAAGGUCAUGUUCUCGCCAUCCACUACCGAAAAACCAAACGUGAUAUUUACAGACAGAGUAAAACAAUCAAAGAAGAAAACAAGACAAGAAAUAGCUCGGGAAAGGAAGAAGGUGGAGUCGACGUUGCAGAAGAUGCAGCUGGGGGACCCCUGGCAUGAGACCUAUAUGGACGAGCAGGGUCUGCUGUCGACAGUGUACACCCCCAAGGGAGAUAUUAAGGACUCUGGAGCCAUGUUUCAUGUUGUCCUGCGAUACCAGGGGACCAAUCAGAUUUCAACCUACCUCACACGUCUGUACAAGCCAAAAAAGGUGAAGUGUUCUGGCAUCCUGGAGGUGUGUCAGACGUCCAGCGGGAGGGAGAUGGUGUUCCUGCUUCUGUACCCACAGUUCCCGCCAAAAGAUGCACACAUGACAGUCCUCGUCCUUGACCUUCGAACUAUGAAGCUGAAAGACAUAAGACGAGACAUCCCUCUCACCGACGCCGAGUAUAAGGAAGUCCAACAGAGGGAUGUUGUAUCUUGUGAUGUUUCUCGUGUGUUUGGACCUACUGGCUCUGAUUAUCUCUUCUUGACCUUCAAUGGCCGUCUGCGUGUCGUGUCCCUCAACACAGGCAAACUGGUCAUGAGGGCAGAAAAUCUGUCCCGGCCUUCAUACUUUGGUGGUAAUGCCAUCGACGAGAGGCAGCUCCCCCUGCAGACCAAUGCUGUAGUUACGACAGUGUGUAGUCGCGGCAGGAUCUACGCUGUCAUGUACAGUACGACAUCAACUGUUCUUCACAUCCUGGAGGUGAGAGACGAGCAUGACCAUGACACCCGCAGGAUGAUGAUCAAAGCAUAUCAAACAGGGUACAAUACAGAAAUGAUAGACAGUGAAAUUCGUCUGGACCCUGUUGCCAUGCAACAACAUGACCUUCAGCACAAGUCAGUGGAGAUGCGUAAGCUGGUGAUGGAGGCGGUCGACAACGCUGUAGGGUCCCAGAGCCAACAGUCUGGCACUGGGAAAGGAAGGUAAUGCUCACAUCAAGGACAAGACCAAGAUGUACCUGGCACUGGAAAGGAAGGUCAAAUCUGACACACUCCUGGAUUGAGUGUCACCUUGGUGAGCGGAACGCUGAGGAACCUCGGAUCCACAUGCUGUGACGAAUUCCUGAUAAGGGUCUAUAUAGUACUCAAGUUUUGAUUGGGAUUUUCCAUGUGGGACUGAGCAAGAGUGAUUGUGUGGAGAUGUUGUCAGAGCUGUUGUCCUUAGUUUGGUAAUGGAAUAAAAUAUUUCACUAGUCUUAUCAACAGCUGAGUAGUAUGUGACAGACAGAUGAUAUAAGAGGAGAUGAAAUAUGAAUGAGGUAUUUGAAUGAAUGAGUUAUGCCCUCAUCAAAGUCUCUUGCUUUGGAAUCCAGAUUUCCAUAUUUAACCAAAUCAUGUUUUAUCACCUCAAAUCCUUAAAUUAAACAGGGGACAGAUGGCUUAGUCAUCUGAGAGACUACAGUUCACUGUGCAGAGUUGCUUCCCUUGGGAUUCCAAUCCCCUUCAAUCUGGUUUGAAGCCCUGGGUGAAAAGGUUAUGGUUUUACGCUAAGCAGCACCAUACCUAUGUUUGUGAGUUUCACUGAACUGGUAACACUUGCAUCCCUUCUGGCUUACCGCCAUCCUUCAGCUGAUACACCAUGAUUUAGCUGGAAUACUGUUCAAAUAGGCUUUGAAUCCAAACUCACUCACUCACCCAUUAUGAGCAAAUCAUUGACAUAUGUUUAUACGUAUUUCAUUGUUUUAAGCAGGGUUAAUGACUCAUUGUUUUUGAAAAAAAGGGUUUCUGUUAUCUGUGUGACCAGUUUGAGAACAUGGCAAUGAAGAAGUGAGAUAGCCUUGUGGUAGGAGGGCUGUGUUUUUCAUGCUGUACACAGGGUUCAAAUCCCAACAUGUGUGAAAUGAUAACCAACCUAAUCUUGGACUGUUAGAUAUUAUCAUACCAGUAAAUCCAUCUUAUGUCAUAUUUGAUCCAUCCAUCCAUUUGUUCAUCCAUCCAUGCAUCCUUCCAUGUAAUAAAGAAGUUCAUGAAUUUUUUGUCAAUAUUUCUGAACUCAAAAGAUAUAGUUUGUGAGUUACCAUCGUCAUUGUCAGGUAUGAUAAAAGUAGAUAUAUAAAAACUUAUUUUCUAAUAAUUAUUUUUUUCUAAUACAUGUAUAUGUACAUUUGUAUGUUUAUUUUGAUGCCAAAACUGUUCAUAUAAAGAUAUUUGCAACUUGAGAAUGUUUCUAGCUUUGAUUCAUGAUACAAUUUUAUAGAGCUUGUUAGUAUAGUUCAAAACUGCGACAUCUUUGUUCUGAGGCACCUUCAUAUACAUGGCAUUUGUACUACCAACCUAGUUUCACAGCUGAGGCCUUUGUUCAAGAAAAAUGUGAAACCUAUGUUUCCAUAGGAAUAUUGAGAACAACCGAUCACUCCAUACUCAUUCGCUCUAUGCUUACAGGAAAUAAUAUUUAAAAAAAUCUUUGAAGAAUGUUAAGAUUCUUUAAAACCAAUAUCAUGUUAAAAAAUAAAUCGCCAACAUUGUAUAUUUUAGUUUGGACUCACAAUUGUGUAAAAUUGUGGAGUUUUUGCAAACCUCUGUUCACUCCUACCUGUACCUGGCUCCGGCUCCACAAAGUGAUUGUAGGGAUACAGCAAUAUGAUAGUCGUAAGCCAGUGUAUGGGAGUAACGACCACCUUAGCGCUAUGAUAGUCGUAAACCAGUGUAUGGGAGUAACGACCACCUUAGCGCUAUGAUAGUCGUAAGCCAGUGUAUG